ACGAGCCCUAGCAACCAUUCGAGUCCAUGGCGACAUCAGAGGCAGGACGUAAGCUUGUGUACAGGUAUGCGACAUUUCCUCAUCAUCUCUGAGGGACGUGUUGGUGAUAAUAGCUGAAGUCGUGUUAAAAAUUGACCAUGGGUUGCGGGAGCUCCAGAAUUAUAGUGGUGGAACCUACAAAAACGGGAAGCCUCAACACCACAAAUGAGAAUGAAACGGUGCUUGGGAGUCCUCGUGGCGAUUCAGCUAUCUCUAAAAACACAACAGACAGUGGAGUUGAUCUGGAUACAGCAGAGAUCACUGUUCCUCCCAAGACGGUUCCUAGGAUUCUACCACCACUGCAAGCUCAGAGUCCAAGGCAAACUCAGGAGAGCCAGAGAGUAGAGUCAAGUGUGAUUCUGGAGCAACUGCUGAGUCAGGGCAUCAUUCCUGCUCAAAGCAAAGUGGCAGGCAGUGGGGAAGCAUACAACAUCAUGCUGGCUGACGGAGAGGUACAGAGGAAGAGGCCGCCACCUCGCCUAGAGUCACUGAAGAUCCGUAAAGAACAAGAGGUCACUAGAAAGGAAGACAUUGAUGAGAAGAUGAGACAAGUAGAGGAAAGAAGGAAGAUACGGGAGGAAGAGCUGAAAAACAGAUUGAGGGCUAAAUCUGCACGUCCUCAUGGAGCUGUUCUUGUCCAAGCUGGGGAGGAGGCUGCACCAGAGGUCGGUUCUCCUCCGUCUUCACAUAUCCCAACCACAGCCAAAGAUCCUGACAUGGACAGCAGUGGAGAAGAAGCAGGCGAAUGUGCGAGCGAAUGACUUCAUCCUCUAACCUGGGCCUUAUCCGCCCUCUGUCUGGACCACUACACUAAUGCUGGACCAGCACAACUUAUUCCUAUCCAGAUUUUAUUUAGUACGAUAGAGCCGUAUAAAUUAAGUAUACAUACAGUAUAAACUGGGAUUUCACCAAGCACUUGCACUUUAUAAUACUCUAGUUAGUAUUUAACACUGGGCAUGGGUCGAUUCAACACACAAAACAAAUAGACAUACAACAUAUACAUGUGUUUUGUCAGUUGCCAUUAAGUACCGAGCUUAAAGGAAUUCUCCACAUUGUUUGCUCUCUUUCUAAUCACAUGUAGUGUAUGUGAGAUUACCACAGAUGAUAUUCUCAACAUGAUUCCCUGUAACAAGAAAAGAAAACACAUCCUGUUUGAUCAGGAUGGUAGAAAUAGAUUCAUUCAGAAAUAAAUAAGUCUUAGGGCAGUUAUUAAGGCAGUCAAGGAACUGAUAUAAAACAAAUAAGUGUGGCCACAAAUCCAGUCAGAUGUCACUGAGGCUGAAUUCUGGAAAGCAACCAAAAAAAUGAGCAAAUAUACCUGUUUCGUCCCAAAGCGUUUACAAUUAAACUGUAAUGUUAAACUACACACGGUCCUCUAUUCUAAAUAACUUUCUAGUAAGCAGGCAUUUUGUUGUUUUUUUUAGUUCAGGGAAAUUUAUUUCAAUUCUUGUUCACUGUAAUAUACAACAGACACUUUAGGGUGAUAUUCUUUUAAACGUAAAUUUGACGUAUAUUAUUUACUUUCUAUACUUUAUAUGGUAUAUUAUAAUAUAUUACUGUACAAAAUGGAGCCAAAUAGAUGAAUAGGUAUGAAUGACAUUAGUUAUCUGAAAGUAAAUAAACGUCAUAGAAGUUGCCAAUUUGUUUUUGCACCUACUAAUUCCCACUACUUGCCUUACUGGCUAUAUGUUAUAUCUCUCUCUUCUGAAGAUGUGAAAAAUCUGUAAAAUUAUAUAUACUUAAACAGAUCUUUAUUUGCCUUAUAUAACAAAGAACCUAAUAUAAUAUAAUUAGGCAAAUAUGUAAGCAUUGGUGGUUUAUAAUGCAUUAUGAGUCUAUACUCUGGAAUAGGGUUGUACAGGGCUGUUUAGUCCACAAGGUGGCACUGUGUGUUCAACUGUACAUGAUUUGCCAAGCUGCUAAGCAGAUUUUUCUAUUGUAUGUAAAUGUACCUCUUUUGAAUUAGCACAGGUGGAAAAAAAUCUCA